CACUCAAUGGUACGCAAAAGGGUUUUAUGGUAUCAACUAUAAACCCUAGUUUAGGAGAAGCAGCAACGAGAUACGAAAUUAGCAAUGGAGGACGGGAAGGUGAAGAAGAAUAGUAUUGGGCAACCAAAGGAGAUUUUCGCAUCCUGUGAUUUCUCUAGUCUUGGGCUUCACCCUGCCUUAUGUGACCAGCUUCGAGACAGGAUGGGCUAUCAAGCUCCGACAUUAGUUCAAGCACAAGCUAUUCCAGUUAUUCUCUCAGGAAGACAUGUGCUCGUUAAUGCAGCUACAGGCACAGGCAAAACUGUAACAUACCUUGCUCCAAUCAUUCAUCAGUUGCAAAAGUGUGAUCCUAGGAUUGAACGAUCUGAUGGUACUUUUGCAUUGGUACUUGUACCAACACACGAGCUAUGCAUGCAGGUAUAUGAAAAUCUACAGAAGUUAUUGCACCGAUUCCAUUGGAUCGUUCCAGGUUAUAUAAUGGGUGGUGAAAACAGGUCAAAAGAGAAAGCCAGGUUGCGUAAAGGAAUAUCAAUUCUUGUUGCAACUCCAGGACGUUUACUGGAUCAUUUAAAGCACACAGCAUCAUUUGUUCAUAAGAAUUUGCGAUGGAUAAUAUUCGAUGAGGCAGACAGGAUUCUUGAACUAGGAUUUGGUAAAGAGAUAGAAGAGAUACUUGAUAUUUUGGGUUCAAAAGGCAAAGAUACUGAAGUUGUGAGACAAAAUUUGCUCUUGUCAGCCACCUUAAAUGAAAAAGUCAACCAUCUUGCAAACAUCAGUUUGGAAGAUCCAGUUAUGAUUGGUCUUGAUGAAAAAAAGAUUCAACCAUCUAAUAAGCAAACUACAUCAUUGAUUUCUGAUGCGAUUGAAAGAUUAGAGAACUCUGGGAAAGUAUCAGUUGCUUCAAAUGAGGAAUAUAAUCUUCCAGCUCAACUGAAUCAGAGAUAUGUCAAAGUACCUUGUGGCUCUCGUCUUGUGGUGCUCCUUUCCAUUCUAAAGAAUUUAUUCACUGGAGAACCUUCUCAAAAGAUUGUGGUAUUCUUCUCAACAUGUGAUGCAGUCGAUUUCCAUCAUGCACUAUUAAGUCAAUUUCAUGGAUUAUCAAAUUCACAAACAGAAACAGAAAAUAAACAUCUAUUUGUGCAAUGUAACAUUUUAAGAUUACAUGGAAACAUGAAGCACGAAGAUCGAGUCAAAACAUUCAAUUCUUUCAAAACUGAAAAAUCAGCUCUUUUAUUAUCAACCGAUGUUUCUGCAAGAGGUCUAGAUUUUCCAAAAGUCCGUUGCAUUAUUCAGUAUGAUUCCCCUGGUGAAGCAACUGAGUAUGUUCAUAGAGUUGGAAGAACUGCUCGAUUAGGUGAAAAAGGGGAUUCCUUGUUGUUUCUUCAACCAAUUGAAGUUGAUUAUCUACAAGAGCUUCAAAAACAUGGUGUAAUGUUAACAGAAUACCCUCUUCUCAAACUUCUAGAUGGUUUUCCUUUACAUGGUUUAAAUUUAAAACACCAUCACCAUGUGAAAAAGUUUGUCUCAGUCGAGAUGCAUCCAUGGGUGGUUUCUUUGCAGAGGUCCCUUGAAUCCUUCAUCUUUAAGGAGGGGAAGAUGAAGAAAUUAGGGCAGAAUGCGUUUUGUUCGUGGGUAAGAGCAUACAGUGCGCAUCGUGGGGAGUUGAAGAGUAUAUUCAUGGUGAAGAAGCUUCACUUGGGACACGUGGCAAGAAGUUUUGGGCUCAAGGAACAGCCGUCUUUGGUGGGUAGAUCUGUCCAGAAGAAGCAUACGGAAAAAAGGAAAAGGGAAGAGAAAACGAAAACACAGAAGAGAGGGGGUUUGGAUUUGAAGAAGAAGAGAAAGACACUAACUGAUUAUGAUUGAGACACGUGGCACUUUGUGACAGGGAGAAAAGGGUAAAUGUAGCUUUAUGUAUUGGCUGGCUAUGUGGGUGGUAUGUCAUUGAUGUGAUGAUGAUGUUGAAAGUACGAAUGACCUCGCUUUUAUUAGCCUAAUCCUCUCGAAUGGCCCAUUGCUUUAAGAAGAAUAUGUGACUUUAGUUAUGCCACAUAUAGGUGCACAACAUGGUUUUUUAUCUUCCAGAUUCAGAUCGGUUCUAAAAUCGAAUCCGAUCAUGGUCAACGAAAGUCAAACCAGAAUGUGUUGCUUAUCAUUAAAUAAUUAAAUGAUGUAUUUGAUAUGUAUUUUUUUUUUAAUGUUUUAAACUAUUUAUUGUUUAUUGAAUAGUUAAUCGAUUGAUAGAAAUGUAUUUUUUAUGUU